GAGAGGAUUAAAGUCUGCUGAAGAAUUGUAUGCUGCGUAUACUAAAGAACAAAGUGCUCGUGAAGAGAAGGCAGCAACUAAACGAAACUAUGGUUCCAAACCUGCUCCAUAUGUAAAGCUCAAGUCUAACCGACCCUACGGAAACUGUCCUGUGUAUACAGUAGAUCCUGGAGACCUUCAUCCCUGCGACUGUGAUCCCAAUAAACCUGGUCCAUGUGGGGAGGAUAGUAACUGUAUUAACCGUAUGCUCAUGUUUGAAUGCCACACUCAGGUUUGUAACGCGAAGGAUAAAUGUGAGAAUAUGAGGUUUCAGAAGCGUCAAUAUCCAGCUCUUAAGGUUCAUAGAGCCGAGGGUCGGGGCUGGGGACUAAUUGCUGAGGAACCGAUUAAGAAGAGCAGUUUCGUCAUUGAGUAUGUCGGGGAGCUCAUCACUAUGGAGGAAUACAGGAAUAGGAUGAAGAUGAACCAGGAUAGUAAAGAGGAGAACUAUUAUUAUCUAACCAUAGAUAAUAAUAGAAUGAUUGACGCCGGACCGAAGGGAAACAGUGCUAGGUUUAUGAACCACAGCUGUGAUCCGAACUGUAUAACCCAGAAGUGGAGUGUGAAUGGAGAUACAAGGGUUGGACUCUUCACAAUCAAGGAUGUAAAGGUUGGUGAGGAGUUGACCUUCAACUACCAGCUGGAGAGUGUGGGAGAUGUUAAGAAGAAAUGUUUGUGUGGAGCUGCAAACUGUUCUGGAUUUAUCGGUGAGAAACCUAAGAAUGAGAAAGAAGACAAUAAAAGAAAGGAACAGGAACAAAAAAAGAAUAACAAGAAAGCUUUGAAGAAGCUAAAGAAGAAAGAGGAACAGAAAAUAAGAAAAGAUAACAAUGCAAAGAUUUGGGAAUCCACCUGUUUCAGGUGUCAUGAAAGUGGUAGUUUGAUCCAGUGUGAGAUGGGGUUGUGUCCUAAAUCCUAUCAUCUCUCCUGUAUUGGAAAGGAAACCUUCCCUCGGGGUAAAUGGCAUUGUCCCUGGCACUAUUGUAUAGAUUGUGGUAAGCUGGUGGAAGGACAGAAUGCCUGGUGUAUUCAUUGCCCUAAUGCUUACUGCAGGCAACACCGUGAUUCCUUGGUUCAGCAUCCAGAGCUGAGUUGGAUCUGUAGAGAACACGGAGAUGAAAUGGAGUUCCUUAUCGAAACUCUCAGGAGUGGCGGAGGUAUAGCAGAAAUAUUUCCAAGUCCUAACCCAACCCUGAAACAAAUAUCAGCCUGGAAAAGGGCCCGUGGAAUUUCAGAGUUUGUUGCUGAGGUUACACCAGUUUCAGAGUGUAUUGAGAGUAAAGGGAAGCGUGGGAAAUCAAGAUUCUCUCUUGCUCCAGAAAGUGGAACUGAUACAAGCAGAAGUGAGAGUAGGGAAGUUUCCGUUUCCAGAGAACUGCAGAGUAGAAGUGAAACUCCUUCUACUCUCUCUACAGGUAGUUCAUCAGUUAGUAGUUCCCGUCCCAGUACCCCUGUAGACCCUGAGAUAAAGCCUGGAAAAUCCAAACCUAAAUCUGAACAGAGAAGACCCGGAAACCUGCUGGAGCAGGCAACUAGUAAACUGGUUGCGCUAACUGACCAGACCAGGAUACAGAAGAAACCCAGGAAUAUUGAGGAAGGUGAAGUUGAAAGUAGUGGUACUCCUGGUACUCCUGACUGUGUGGUUGAUAUGGAACCGGAGACAGGUUCCGGAGAUACGGAAGAGAGUAGAACCAAGUCCAAUAAAUCUGAUUAUGGAAACCGUAGAAAAAGUAGAUCUGAAUAUCUUGGUAAAUCUUCCUCCCAGAAAGCAUCAUCAACACCAACCCGAGGUUCCAAGAUUCACUCUGGUUCUUCAAGUCAAGUUUCAAGAACAGGAUCUAUUGUAGCUAGAUCUCAAUCAUCAAGAUUAUCCAGAUCAAGAUCUCAGGUUUCAACCCCUAGUAUUGAAUCUGUAAACAAUAGUUUCUCCAAUACCCCAGACUCAAGAACGCAGUCCUCUAGACCUUCUAGAUCUAAAACUGCCCUUCCAACCACUAGUCUUGAAUCUGCAACCCAUGAGACUGGAAGUGAGGACAGAUCCUUGUCCUCGAGAUUACCAAGAUCUAAAACAUCGACUAAUCUUGUGGAAAGUCCUUCUAAAAGACCAAUUUCAAGCACACAUGUCGAGUCAAGUACUUUAAAGACUCCAGAGGCAAGAGCAGGGGAUAGAUCUUCACUAUCAAAAACUCCAAUCACGAAAUCAAAUGUUACUACUCCUACGUUAAGAACUCCUGACACAAGAGCAAAGCAAGCUUCUUCUGGAACCAAAACCUCUGAACAAAAAGAUAUGAAGGAAUCCUCUGUAAGAACUCCAAAUCCAAGGCCCGAAAAAAGCUUAAGAACUCCCGAACUAUGCGCCGAGAAAAGAUCUUCUAUCACGAGAUCUGUUGCAAUGAAAACUCCUGAAACUAGAGUCGAUGCAAGGUCCCCCAAAACCGAAACUGGAGAAAAAACCCCGGCCAAGGAACCAAAUGCUGGUCUCACUGCUCUCUCUGCUAGUCCCGAGUUAUCUACACAUCUAAGUAUGCGAUCAAGAGAUAAUUCAUCAACAGCUACUGUAUCCAUUCAACCCUCGCAAUCAUCUGCAAUUCCUUCAGAUAUUAAACAGGAGAUAAGUGUUGUUUGGAAAUGUUUUGAACCUAAUUGUAAAUAUCUUGGCACUGACGAACUUCACAAAAUGCAAAAUCAUCUCAGUUUCCAUGGUCUAGAGAUAGAAAGAAUUCAUGAAUUAUCAGGGAAUCUACUCAGUAUCAAUGCAAACCUAAGAAUGGCCUCGAGGACGUUGUACAAGAACUCUGUUGGAACAGUUAUAGGAGCCGGACCUCAGACUUACGUUGCACCUCCUCAGGAUACUGUACACGGAUACACUGAAUACGAAUGUCUGGGUGCUGGGGAAUGCAAGAUGAGUUUCUCUACAGAAUCUUCUCUACUUCAACAUUGUAGAAAUGUACACAGUUCUAUCUUUACAACAGGACAGGCGGGAACCUCUCAAUUAGAGAAGAUUGGUGGAGGAUACAAGUGCCUAAUGAAGGAUUGCAGCAGGAUCCAGCAGUGCAGCUUAAACUCCCUCCUCUUCAAAACCCAUUGGAUGUCUCACCCUGGAGCAGAUUUCAAGGAACUAGCAUACCUAGACCUGGAGUCAGGACGUAUCCUGCAUCUCGAUGAUAUUUAUCCAUACUCAGGACAAUGCUCUGUUUGCAGAGAAAUCUGUAUCAGCACUGUUUCAAUGGCAGAUGUAGGUCAACUUGUUGGACUUCACUGGAAGCUUGUUCAUGGAGACCAAGCAGAGGACUGCUCAUACAAUGCUUUAUCCUGUAAACAAUCCCUUGAUCUACCAUCUCUACUUAGUCCUCAGCAUAAUCUUGCACAAGGAAAUUUAGCAGCUGAUAUGGAGGAUGUUAUUGAGGAUAUGGAUACCACAAAGGGUCUUGACCCAGCAACUUUCCUUGAGAGGAGUGAAGAUGUUCUUGAAGAUACAUUGAUCAUCAAGGAGGAAAUUACCGAUCCAAUCCUGUUCUCUGGACCCUUCAAGUGCAGAUUCUCCAGCUGCAAACAGAUCCUUGAUGAUGCUCAGGCAGUGUUUAGACACUGUACCGAGCAGCAUUCUGGAGUCUCCAUACAGAAGAUGCAAGUCAUGCAUCUGGAGAGUAAAACAACCUUCCCUAAUAUUGCGCUUUACAAGUAUGUGUUUGAGUGCAAUUAUGGAAGAUGUAAAUGGUUUACAUACAGAAACUCGUCAUUUGAGGACGCCGAGGCUUUGCUGAAGAACCAUUGGAAAAGGAAGCACAAGAAAGCCAGUAAUGAGGAUUACAGUUUCAACAACCUUUCCCUGGAACACAGCCAGGACUGUGUUCCAGCUUCUGUAGAUGUUGAGCUGACACUACAGAAGAACCUUGGACCACUAUAUGAAGGACCAUUUGAGUGUACUGCGCUCAACUGCAAGUUCACUACUAACACUCCUAAGUCUUUUGGGCGCCAUUGGAACUUUAAUCAUCCUGAGAAUCCCGCUACUGCUGCUUUUGUUGAUGCCGCGUCAGGAAACAUCGUUACUCUCUUCGAUAUGUUUGUAGCUGUAAUGCAGUGCAAGAUAUGCAAAGUUAUUUCUACAGCGUCAGAUGGAGCAGGGCAUGCAAUAGAAGGAAUUGGAAAACAUAUUAAUAAUGUUCAUCCUGGUGCCAAUGUACAGGACAGUUAUAUUCCUCUCAAGGACAAAGAUGGUCUGCAUUUAGAAACAUUGGAUAAAGCAUGUAAAGAGGUCUCCUACCGGCUUGCAAUAUCUGAGGGUCUGAUUAACAAUGGUCGGAUAAUGGAGAACUAUGUAGGACCCUAUACUUGCUUAGCAGAGGGCUGUUCAGCACUUCCCAUAAACAAGAAACACAUUCUUAGGCACUGGUAUAAGGAGCAUGGAGAUUUCUCUAAGUUCCUUGUAUCUGAUGCAGGAUCUGGGAACCCGACACCUUUAACCUGUCACGACCUGUUCAAGUGUCUAGCUGUGUGUCCGGAUUGUAAUCUCAUGGUUGGGAACAACUUCAGCUACGAACAGCUGUACAGAGGACUCAAGCAGCAUUGUAUUAUGCAACAUAAAACAGAACCUAUGGAUUUUACUGUCCUGGUCCCUCAGGAUAAACAGAUCAUUCAAGACGAUCUACUAGAUAUAGUUGAAGGAUUAGAUACUGAGGAUUAUUUCUCUACAAUAUAUACUGGACCCUACCACUGUUUGAAUGAUGGCUGUGAAUAUGUCUGCAAGUCUGAGGAUAAGAAGCAGAUUGGUGUUAUCUUGACAGAUCACUGGCAGAAUAUUCAUGGUUCUCCUACUCAUAUGCUCUACUAUGCAGAAACCAGUAGAGCUGUUCUUAAUGCCAAGGUUAUCUGUGUUCACCUAGCUCAGUGUAGAGUAGAGGGGUGCGGGAAAUAUUUCCCGAGUGUAUUCUCCAAACAUCUACAGAUGCGGGUCAGCUUACACUGGUCACGCUCUCAUCGGCUUACAGACGAGGAGAAGAAGAACAAGGAUAAAUUAAUUCAACAUAUUAGUAUACAAAGCAAGAUAAAGAGAUCAGGGAUCAAGGACAGGGUAGAGAUGAUUGUUCAGAAUCUCACGAACAAGGAACGGAGCAAGAAUUCUAACCCAGUAACUCCAAGACUAGAGAAAUCUAAUACGAAGUCAAAACCUGCACCAGGACCAUCAAAAACUAUAAUCCCAUCUAAACCUCAUCCAUCCACAUCUAAACCUGAUCCUAAACCUUCAUCUUCUCAUCUUAUUCAAUCUAUCGAACCGAGUCCUGCUCAAGAAUUGUUUUUGGAGAAUGAUGAUGAGGAAGAACGGGAAGAAGAUUAUAACGGUUACGAUGGUCCUUUUGAGUGUGUGAAGUGUAAGUACCGUGUUCAACUCAACGCUGUUUCAAAUAAAAAUGUCAUUCAACACUGGUCUACUAAACAUGGUUUCCCUGCAGCUCUCAAGUUCCUUGAUAUUCCGACUCAGGAUAUUCUCAGUUUAGAAAACUUCUUCUCCUUCUGUCUACAGUGUACUAGUGUUGGAUGCAACUAUAUUGUCGCAAGUAACCACAGUCUCUACAAGGGUAGAUUUAAGAUGAAGCAACAUUUCAAAAAGGAUCAUGCUGACAGUAUUCCUGAUAAAACAGAUGAUAUGUAUAUAGUGAUGGCAGGAGAAGAUGUUCUAUCUGAUAUCUCUUGUCCAGAAGUCGUAGAUCCUUCAAUGGUAUACAAGGGACCCUGGUCCUGCAGAAUAAAAGGCUGUGAUCUUAAGCUCGCGAGUCAGAACAGCUGGAAGAUGAAGCUGCUCAACCACUUCAUCCUGGAACACGACGAGCUCUUCAUCGGAGAUUUCAAAGUUCGUGAUGAAGGGCUGAAAAGGGAUUUAAAUAUUCAGCAUGUGUUCAAGUUUGUCGGGCAGUGCAACGUUGAUGGUUGUUUUAUGAUACGAGGUGUUGGAGGAAGAAACGAAAACGAUGGAAGAUAUGAAUUAAAGCGUCGGUUUGCGGCUCAUUUCAACUCCGAGCAUCCAACUUUAGUUCCGGACUUUACUGUCCUAGUGCACAACCAUCAGGUUCUGUUCUACAAGGACCAGGAGGACGGGUCCACUAGGGUCCUACCUGUACCUGUACCACCACCUAAGGAGAACCUCAAGACUGAGGUCAAAGUAGAACCGGAGAACAUGGAAACUGAAGAAGAUUUGAAGGAGAAAGAGAAGGAAAAGGAGAGAGAAAGAGAAAGAGACAGAGACAGAGACAGAGACAUUGAGAAGGAGAAGGCGAGGGAGAAAAAAGAUAAAAGAAGAUCUGCUGCACCACUUGAAACUACACAAAAAGAAGCAUCAAAGCGGCGAAGAACAAUUGCCUCUACAUGUGAAAUAACAUCUCCCUCCACCCUCAGUACACCUCAGACUAUAACAACGGUUAAACCAAAGGCAGGGAAAGGGGCUCCGAUGUUUCAGUGUGAGGUGUGUCGGGCUGAUGUCUCCAAGGAUGAUUUUAUUGAACAUGUGGUUCAGGUUCAUCCCUCUCUAGAUCCUACAGGUUGCAGAGUACUUAGGUUGAACGAUGAAAAGUUUCUGAACAUAAAGGAAUUUCUUGGAUCUGUUUACAGGUGUGGAGUACUGGAUUGUAACUAUGUCAACUAUGGGAAAGGAAAUAACACUAUAAGGGACAUGCAUUUGCACUACCAAGCCCAGCAUGGUACACUGUCUCCAACCUUGAAGAUGAUAUCCCAACUUGGAUAUCAGUGUAUUUACAACAACUGCUGGAAUAUUGCUAGAAGCAAAGACGACAUGUUUAAACAUCUUCUCACACAUACGGAAAUAGCAGCUACUCAAAUACCCUUCAGGGAUCUGGAUACUCAUGCUGACCUGUACAUACAUAACUUGUACAAGUAUGUACGGGAGUGUGAAGCAAAAUGUGGACAGAUAUUCUACGAUGACAAGGAUAAGAAGGGAGUAGAUAAGGCUGCUGAAGAUCAUUGGAAUGAAUUGCACACUUUGAUGCCAGUUCUACCUGAUACAGCACCCACCUCAGAGAAAUCAGGGUUCCAGUGUUUUGCUGGGUAUGGAGGAGAAGGUUCCAACUGUACUGUUAUGGUUGGUUCUGGGAACACGAAGGGUGCUCUGGAACACUGGCAAGAGGAACAUCAGAACCUUGUACUCCGAGAUCUGAUGUUUAUGGAUACUUUAAACCAGCAUAUACUGCAGAUAUCAGACAUAUUUCCUGUAGUUUACAGGUGUACUGCCCCUGGUUGUAUGAAGACAGUAUACUCGGAGCAGGAAAGAAAACUGAACCCUGAGAUUGAAAGCAUAUUUAGAGAACAUAGUUCAGUCAAACAUCAAGCUCUACAAUCUAAACAGAAGUUGUUCCGUGCACUGAAAACAACCAAGUUCUUGAGCCAAGGAUUAGAGGUCGAGGAAGAACAAACUGUUCUCGAGGCUGCACAGAAGACCUCUACACCAGAGGAAGGAGUAGAACCUCCGACGGAGGCUAUUCUAGGAUAUUCUUGUUCUAUUACUGGUUGUGAUAAAACUGUUUCUGUCUCUAACUCACAAGGAAGUUCUGUUGCGAUUGACAGAUUAAAAUCUCAUUACAAGAAUAAGCACUCACACUUGGAGUCUAAUCUUUUCUCUUAUAAACCAAUAUAUGGCAAUAGGUAACUAUUUAUUAUCUAUUUAC